AUCACUUUUUUUUUAAUUAUCAUGGCAACAAAACAUGAUAAACAGCAACGGUUUAAAAGGGAGUUACCCCAAAGGUUUCUAUAAAAACCCUGCUCCGACUCGACGACCAACACAACAUCCAAAUCAUCAUCACUUCCAGCUCUGUGUUUACCUGUGCAGUGACUCAAUCUCCAGCUCACCAUGUCUCAGCUUGAACAGGCAGCCAAGGCCGUGGCCGAGGUGUUCUACAAGUACGCUGGUCAGGAUGCCAAGAAAAACAAACUGAGCACCGAGGAGCUGAAGGCACUGAUGCAGAAGGAGGUCACUUCCCUGAAAGGUCACGAUGCUGAUGUCACCAAGAUGCUGAAAUGCCUAGAUGACAACAAGGAUGGCGAAAUUGACAUUGUGGAGUUUGGCACCCUGGUUGGCAUUCUCGCCAACGGGUACAGGAAGUGAGAACACAGCCCUGGAAUGAAGAUAGGGGGGUUCUAUUGUGCUGUCAAGUUCCCAAAAUAAAGUGAUAUAAAAAUAUA